AUGGUGCCCACGCCCCAGGUGUGCGUAUCAACCCUGGUCACAGUGAGCACGAUGGCAGUGGUGGACCUCUACCUCCUGGAGCAGAGCAUGCUGGGGUCUCGUGGCCCCCCAGGACCAAGUGUGUGGCAGUGUGCCGUAGUGUUACUAGGUGAUGUGGGCUUCCUGCUCGCGCUGCGCUUCGUGUCGGCCGGCGUGAUGUCAGAGGCGCGGUCGCCGCGUCGUGGUUUUGCCAACGCCCUGUGGUUCCUCUUCUUGUCGCUGCUCCAGCUCAAGCUCUUCUUCGUCUGCCAUAACUACAGGCAGGAGCGCCGGCCGCCCGACCCGCUGGCCAGGAAGACCCUGACGCUGCUGCUGUCCAUCUGCCUGCCCUCCCUGUUUCUUAUUCUGACGGGAGCUGACCACAUGACCCCACAGCGCAGGAAGCAGGAGGUGCGAGGCCGGCUCCUGUGGGUGGUAGUGGACCUGCUGGAUGUGCUCGACCUGCAGGCGGGGCUGUGGGAAGCCCAAGGUGGGGCUGCAUCGGGCACUGGGGUCGUUGAGCAGAAGCUGCCCAUCUGGGUUGAGGGCCUCGUCUUCUUUUACUGCUACGCCCUCCUGCUGCUGCUGCCCUGUGUGGCUCUCACAGAGCUGGGGGCCACCGGCCUGCCUGGACAGAGGGGACCCCGUAAGGAGGCUUUGUACCCGUGGCUCAGCUUGGUCACUAUCAAUAUCUUCACCCUGGCCCUGAGGGGCACAGGCAUGCUGUGGUACAGGGACCCCCGUGUGUCCACAGUGUUCCUCGGGAAGAACCUGCUGGCUCUGGCUGUGAAGUUGAGCUCAGCCUGGGAGAGACACAAGCAGGAGCGCGGUGCUGCAGGAGCUGCAAGUGUGGCUGGAGCAGAACCAGGAGACUCGACCCUGCCGAGCCAGGGCUUAGAGCAGGGAGAGGACCAGGCUCAGGGGAAAGCUCCUCCCUCUCAUUAUCACACACUGUCUCACUCCCAAAGCCACACUCUCUCCCACGUCACCCUGGAGCCCACGGAGACGCCCUUAGGACCCUCUUUCAUCUCCCAUGAACUCUAGAGAGUCCCUCUGAACAUGCACGCAUGCACAAAAGCAUUUUAUCACACCCAGACUUAA